AUGAGGCGCCUGCCCUGGAGGCGGUCGGUGAGGGGCUGCAGCCCCCAGCCCCAGCGAUGCCCCUCCAGCUCCUCGGCCAGCCGCCCGCUGCCACAGGAGAUGAGCCAGAAUACGGGCCAGCGGCGCAUGAACCCCCUCAACAUCCAGAUGCUCUCCAGGACCCUCCACGAGCAGAUCUUCCGCGGUGCCCAGGUGUGCUACUCGGCGGCGGACGUGCAGCGGAGCGUGGAGCACCUGCAGCGCCACGACCUGUGGGGCAAGGAGACCUCCACGCUGCCCGACGUGGACCUGCGGCUGCCCCGCAUGUACGGGGACAACAUCGACGAGCACUUUCGCCUCCUGGCACAGAAACAGAGCUUGCCCUACCUGGAGGCGGCACACGAGCUGCUGCGGUGUGAGCUGCCCCCCCUGCCUGCCCAGUGGGCAUGGCAGCUGGGCUGGACCCGCUACAGCCCUGACGGGCGAGCAGAGCCUGUGGACUUCCCCGAGGAGCGGGCGAUGGUGCUGGACGUGGAGGUGUGCGUGGCUGAUGGCCACUGCCCGACGCUGGCUGUGGUGGUCUCACCAAAUGCCUGGUACUCGUGGUGCAGCAGGCGGCUGCUGGAGCAGCGAUACUCCUGGUCCAGCCACCUCACUCUGGCCGACCUCAUCCCCAUGGAGAGCCCGGCAGGUGCCAGCUGUGCCGGCAAGGAGGACUGGAGGGAGAGUGUGGUGGUGGGGCACAACGUGGCCUUCGACCGGGCAUUCAUCAAGGAGCAGUACCUUAUCCAGGGCUCUAAGAUGCGUUUCCUGGACACUAUGAGCAUGCACAUGGCCAUCUCGGGGCUGACAGGCUUCCAGCGCAGCCUCUGGAUGGCUGCCAAGCAUGGCAAGAGGAAGGGGAUGCAGCAGGUCAAGGAGCACAUGAAGAAAACACGCAGCAAAACAGAGGGGCCAGCGAUGACUUCGUGGGACUGGGUGCACGUCAGCAGCAUCAACAACCUGGUGGAUGUGCAUGCGCUUUACGUCGGGGGGGAGCCGCUGGAGAAGGAGGCACGGGAGAUCUUUGUGAAGGGGACCAUGGCUGACAUCAGGAGUAACUUCCAGGACCUGAUGUCGUACUGUGCCCGUGAUGUCCAGGCCACCCACGAGGUAUUUCAGGAGCAGCUGCCACUCUUCAUGGAGAGGUGUCCCCACCCUGUGACAUUUGCAGGGAUGCUGGAGAUGGGGGUGUCCUACCUGCCAGUCAAUGGGAACUGGAAGAGGUACCUGGACGAUGCUCAGGGCGUCUACGAGGAGCUGCAGAAGGAAAUGAAGAAGUCCCUGAUGAACCUGGCCAACGAUGCCUGCCAGCUGCUGCACGAGCACAGGUACAAGGAUGACCCCUGGCUCUGGGAUCUCGAGUGGGACACACAGGAGUUUAAACAAAAGAAGAACCCAAAAAAGAAGAAGAAGAAAGAUGAGGAUGGGAACAGCCAAGUCUCCCUGGCAGCAACAGGCGCAGAAGGCUCAGCGCAGGAGUGGCAGGAGGACCCUGGUCCCCCCGGCGAGGAUGAGGAGCUGAAAGUCCCUGCCAGCCAGCUCUGUCUGGAGCGCCUGAAGGAGACAGUCGCGCUGCAACCCAAGAGACUCCAGCACCUGCCAGGCCACCCGGGCUGGUACCGCAAGCUGUGCCCACGCCUGGAGGAGGCGGGGUGGGUGCCUGGACCCAGCCUCAUCAGCCUGCAGAUGAGGGUGACCCCGAAGCUGAUGCGCCUGGCCUGGGACGGUUUCCCUCUCCAUUACUCAGACAAGCAUGGCUGGGGAUACCUGGUGCCAGGACGGCAGGACAAUUUGCCAGCAACCCCCUCAGAGAUCGAUGAGCCUUCCUGCCCAUACAGGGUGAUUGAGAACCUGUACAAGCAGUACUGCCUGGAGAAAGGCAAGGAGCAGCCCCCGGGGCUGGAGGGUGCCAUGGAGGACGAGCUGCUGGUGAUGGAUGGCAGCACAAUGUGGCAGAAGGUGGAGGAGCUGAGCCGUGUGGAAGUGGAUGCAGAGGAGAAAAUGGGCAGGGUGGACCAGAGCCUGGUGCAGGAGGAGGUGGAUGAGUUGUGCGACAGGCUGGAGAUGAGCCAGCCCUUGUACCACCAUGGCAACGGUCCCUACAACGAUGUCAACAUCCCUGGGUGCUGGUUCUUCAAGCUGCCUCACAAGGACGGGAAUGAAAACAAUGUGGGAAGCCCUUUUGCCAAGGAUUUCCUGCCCCAGAUGGAGGACGGCACCCUGCGGGCUGCUGUGGGCCGCACCCACGGGACCAGAGCCCUUGAGAUUAACAAAAUGAUCUCAUUUUGGAGGAAUGCUCACAAGCGGAUCAGCUCCCAGAUAGUGGUGUGGCUGAAGAAGGGAGAGCUGCCUCGUGUGGUGACCAGACACCCUGACUAUAACGAGGAGGACAAUUACGGAGCCAUCCUGCCGCAGGUGGUGACCGCAGGCACCAUCACCCGCCGGGCGGUGGAACCCACCUGGCUGACAGCCAGCAAUGCCCGGGCUGACCGGGUGGGCAGUGAGCUGAAAGCCAUGGUCCAGGUGCCACCCGGCUACUCCCUGGUGGGCGCAGACGUGGAUUCCCAGGAGCUCUGGAUAGCCGCCGUCCUUGGCGAGGCGCACUUCGCUGGCAUGCACGGCUGCACGGCCUUCGGCUGGAUGACCCUGCAGGGCAAGAAGAGCAAUGCGACGGACCUGCACAGCAAGACGGCUGCCACGGUGGGGAUCAGCCGGGAGCACGCCAAGGUCUUCAACUACGGGCGCAUCUACGGGGCCGGGCAGCCCUUCGCCGAGCGGCUGCUGAUGCAGUUCAACCACCGGCUGACGCAGCAGCAGGCGCGUGAGAAGGCCCAGCAGAUGUACGCGGUCACCAAGGGCAUCCGCAGGUUUCAUCUGUCCGAGGAGGGGGAGUGGCUGGUGAGGCAGCUGGACCUGGCAGUGGACAGGGCGGAGGAUGGAUCGGUGUCAGCCCAGGAUGUCCAGCGACUCCAGAGAGAAGCCAUGAAAAGGUCCCGGAAGAGGGGUAAGUGGAAUGUGGUGGGGCACCGAGUGUGGGCUGGAGGCACCGAGUCAGAGAUGUUCAACAAGCUGGAGAGCAUCGCCUUAUCCCCCACCCCACAGACCCCAGUGCUGGGCUGUCACAUCAGCAGGGCCCUGGAGCCCGCCGUGGUCAAGGGGGAGUUUGUGACCAGCAGAGUGAACUGGGUGGUGCAGAGCUCAGCUGUUGACUACCUGCACCUCAUGUUGGUCGCCAUGAAGUGGCUCUUCGAGGAGUUUGACAUCAAGGGGCGCUUCUGCAUCAGCAUCCAUGACGAGGUGCGUUACCUGGUCCAGCAGCAAGACCGCUACCGGGCAGCCCUGGCCCUGCAGAUCACCAACCUCCUCACAAGGUGCAUGUUUGCCUACAAACUGGGCCUCCAGGAUCUGCCACAGUCAGUGGCUUUCUUCAGUGCGGUGGAUAUUGACCAGUGCCUAAGGAAAGAGGUGACCAUGAACUGUGUGACGCCCUCAAAUCCAAUGGGGAUGGAGAAGUAUGGCAUCCCUCAAGGGGAAGCACUGGAUAUAUAUCAGAUAAUUGAAAUAACCAAAGGUUCGCUGGAGAAGAAGUGAUGACGCUAGAGUGCCAGAAGGACAGUUGUCCAGACUGUGUGCCAGAGCCUCGCUGUCCUUUAAGGAGGUCUUUUGGCAGGGACUGAUCCCAGUCACUCCAUUUCCCUUUUGCUGUAAGAAGGGAUGUUCCUGGGGAAGAAGAUUUUGGUAGCAGCAUAUUUGAAUAGCAGAGGUGCUUCUGAGGGCAGCGGCCACCUGUAAAACCUGAGACAGGGGCCAGAGUCGCUGCUUGCACUCCCGUGGGCACAAAGGAAGAAGGCAUAAGUAUUUGACAAGAGAAACAAUAAACCAUCAUCUCCAUACAUGCAGCUCUCCAAGACCAAGGUGAAUCCACCACGGAACAGGCACUGUGGGAGGAGGCAGCAGCAGCAGCAGCCCCGGUUUAUUUUUUUCGCCGUCUCUUCUUUUUGGGUUCCUGGUUCUCAUCUGUGUGCUCUGCUGCGCUGCUCUGGAGAGGGGAGGGAGAGAGUAGCAGUACAGACUGUGAUUGUUUUUGUGUGAUUAGUCUAGGGAAUGUUUAUCUAAAGCAAGAAACCAGAUGUGCUGAAAAGGAUUUAGCUCUUUUUUUUUUCUCCCUAACUAAAUGACAUGAAUAUGGGACUUCUGUCACCCACUGAGACUUUCCCUGUGGGCCAGCCCCACUCUCGAAUUCAUGUGGAACUUAGAUCACAGGCUACCAGUGGCACAGGACAGGGACUGUGUCCUGGGUUUUGGCUUAUUGAAACACUCAGGAAAAUAUGGACAGACACACCAAUAAAAACCUGGACAAUCAGCAAACAGCUUAUUUUUCUUAU